CACAUUUUUGUAGUUAGCGGACUUACACUUCUGCGACCAUCCGUUUGAUCUGCUAUGAAACGCUUUCGCCGACAGAAACAUAAACUGAUAGAGCUUUUCCUUUAUCUUACGGUGCUCCAAGCCGGAGUGGUAGAGACCUCAGUUGACUCGUUACCAUGUGAAGCUGAAGAGGAGGAUCCUGACGAGGAAAAUCCUAUGGACAACCUCUCCUGUCCAUUUGCAGACGAACUGCAGUGUAUUUCUGUGUCUGAGCUUUGUAAUGGUGCAAAUGUCUGUAUUGGAGAUUAUGACGAGGGUGGACCUAGUGAUGAUGAGGAAGGGAUCCCAGGAUCUGGUGGAAUUCCCACAACUGUUAUGCUGGAAUGCAGUAACAGGACAUUUCAGUGCUCUUCAACUGAGGAGAAUUACCUUCUCAUUGAUGCUCUGUGUAACGGUGUCAAAGACUGUGAGAAUGGAGAGGAUGAGACCAAUGUUCUCUGUGAGAACAAGUGUCUCAUGCCAUACUACGGAGGAUGUCCCUACAAUAGGGAAUGCAUUCCGUCUGAGACUGGUGUCAGUUGUGGCGACUGUCUACCAGGGUUUAUUGAGUAUUCAGACGGAGUAUGCAUAGUGAGAGCUGAAUUUGAUCAAAAUAACUAUUAUGGAAGUGCAAUGGAUGGAGUCACCCAAGACAUAUGUGUAAUUUUAGGUCUUCAGCAAACCCAGUUCGAUUUGGGAGAGGGUGCUUUACCGCCUAUCCAUGCAUCUAUCAUUACAUAUGAUUCUUUCGGUAGAGAACCCCAAGGACUAAUAAACUCCAGUUUGUACUUUGUUAUCAGAACAAAUCAAACACAGUACUGCUUUCGCUCUCAGAUAGUUUUGGCCAUGUUUACUGCUCCAGUAGAUAGAUACAGGAUUGUUCUGACUGUUACUACUCUAGGCGUGCGCUAUGUUGAAGUUUCGAGACUGUUAAUAUAUGAGACCAUAUCUUACGAUGUCGCUGCUGUCUUCUAUCCUAAUACCUUGACUGUGAGAGAGGAUGCAGGAAGGAGACUAAGAGUUUGCAUUUCACUUGUGUCUAGCAAUUCAUUUGAGAGUCCACUAAUUGAAGUGAGCAGAGUGUCUAUAGUGAUAUUGAAUGACACAUCGUCCUCAUUAGAUUACGAAGGAAUGGAUGAGACUCUCACCUAUUCUAAGGCUAAGGAUCAGUUUGUUACAAAUAGUUCCUCUCAAUCAACUUACAUGGAAUAUUACGUUACGGUCACUCAAGAGCAUAGCAGGUAUAAUGUGUCAGAGAAUAGAUUAUCAGUAGUGGUGUGUGGUGUGCUAAACACAUCAGACAUCAUUGAAUGUGCUGUAAACUACGAGUUUGAAGUCUCACUCAACCUUCGAGACAUGAGUGCUGAAUACCGGAAUGACUACGGACAUUCUCCAGUAUAUCUGAGGUUCAGUGCUUGUCAGAAUAAGGCAUGUGCAGAUAUAUCAAUUGUGAAUGACAACAUUACUGAGUACGAUGAAUCCUUUGGCAUUGUACUGGAGAGGACCCCGAACCUUGACAGUAGGAUUAGUCUCAGUCCUGAGUCGGCAGUUGUCACCAUCAUGGAUGAUGACGGUAUGGUGAUUGGCUUUAGUUCUAAAGAAUACACAACAACUGAGUCUCUUGGAGAGGUAUCUGUUUGUGUUAAGAUCCUAAACUCAUUUAAUGGAGAGGCUUUAGAGCCAUUCACGAUUGCUCUACUACCUGAUGAAGGGUUUGAGACGGCAAAUGCAGUUAAAGACUGUUACAAGACAAUAGAGUUUGUGAUUGGAGCAUCAGUGGAGUGUCACAAUUACAGCAUUAAGGAUGAUAACAUGUGUGAACUAGGAAUACCUCAACAAGGCUUUCAGAUCAGACUUGCAAUAAUUGCUACUGGAAAAGAGCAAUAA